AUGUUUUUAUCGUCACUAUAUGUUUGGGGUCAUGGGUCCGUUUCCGGGCGAAGGCCAUCAAAUGAGGAUGCACACAUAAUCAGGGAUUUGAAGGGCCUCCGCCAGGAUCUAAUAGACAGUAUCACGUUUGUAGGUGUUUUCGAUGGUCACGGCGGCGACCGCGCCUCUAAGUUCGUAAGGGACAAGCUCCACUUACAGCUUUCGAAGGCGCGUAUCUUCCCGAUGGACCUGAAAGAAAGCCUUAGACAGGCCUAUCUAAAUACAGAUAAGCUCUAUUUACGCGAGGAGGGCACGUCAGACAUCUACUCGUCUGCUGGAACCACGGCGGUGGUGUGUAUUCAUCACAAGGGCAUGUUGUACUUUGCUAACGCAGGAGACUCUCGUGCAAUCGUUGGACUGCGCGACCGCGGUGUACGCCAAAUCACAGUGGACCAUAAACCUAACCUUCCUGCGGAAAAGACACGAAUAGAGCGCGCAGGAAGCUGCGUUGUUAUGGACGAUGGGGAUUGUCCCCGGGUGGCAGGCAUGCUUGCCGUGUCUAGAGCAAUAGGCGAUUCGCCGUUCAAGAACUGCGGCGUUAUUGCAGACCCAGACAUUUUUGCACUCCGGGAGGCCGACGCCGACUACGUCGUUCUGGCGUGUGACGGACUUUGGGACGUCCUCUCUAACGAGGAUGUUGACAGUUUGAUCAGACAUGUAUUCACAGUUGCGGGGAAGUCCACAGACCCUGUUUUUGCGACUCAGCUUAUCAAGUCAAAACUCUCCGGGCCCGACCACACAGCAACUCGGAAGGAGCUCCUUCAGCACGCAAUAGCAUGCCUCGUCGCCAGCUCGGGGCCUGAUGACCAGCUGGUAAAGAUAGCCACUCGUAUCGGUGAGUACCUUAGCCAGCGGCAGACCUCCAUCCAGGAGCUGGCCACUGUGUUUCCAGAGAUGCCUGGCCUUUCUUCACUGGAAUGCGGUGAGUACAAAGAGUGUGAUCGCUCUUACAAGACCGUCGGACAAAAGAUAUCUCCAGAAGCCGUGGCCUCCUACUUAUUGAGAUUAGCUCUGUGUCUAGGCUCUGAAGACAAUGUCACCAUCGUCUUGGGUCUAGGAAGGAAGCUGUACCCCAAGUCUAUUAUAGUGGAGUAUGACAGCGUCAUGCAUCCGCAGUAA